AUGUCUGACCCUGAACCUAAACCUCUUCAUGAAUACAAACCUGGUGACUUGGUCCUUUCAACUUGUACACCUUAUGAACCAUGGCCUGCUGUUGUCUUACCAUUGGCUUAUGUUCCACCAGCUGUAUUAAAAUCCAAAAAAAAGGAUAAAAUUUGUGUUAAAUAUAUUAAAGAUAAUGAUUUUUUUUGGAAUGGUGUUAAUUCAAUUCAACCUUUAACCCAGGAGAAAUUUAAAGAAUUUGAAUCACCUUCAAAAGGUUCUAAAAAGAAGAAAAAUGAUGAUGAAGGUUUAAAAGAAGCUUAUGAAGAAGCAAAACAAUAUAAUGGUAAUUUUGAAGAAUUCUUAAGAGAUUGGGAUAUCUUAAAAGAAGAUGAAGAAUAUAUUCAUUAUGAUGAUUGGACUAUUGCUAAAGAAAAACCUGCUAAAAAAGGAGGUCGUAAGAAAAAUACAAUAACAAAUUCUAGCACAAUUCCAUCAUCAUCAACAAAUUCAACUCCAAAACCAUCAAAACAAAGAAAAUCAUCAAUUCAAGACAAUGAAGAUGAUGAUGUUUCAAAUUCAAUUCAAAAAAAGAAAAGAAAAACUAAUAUACAAACACCUUCGUCACCACCACCAUUAACUUUUAAUGAAAUAAAAGAAAUUGCUACUGGACUUAGAUCUAAACUACAAAGAGGUUUAGUACAAAGAACUCAGGACCCAUCAGAAGAUGAAUUAAUCAAAAGUGAUAAAGAUUUCAAUGAAUUAGAAUCAUUCCAUUCCAAAAAUCAUAUAAAUACAGAAAUUUUAAAAAUCUCAAGAUUACAUAAAGUCCUUAAGGCAAUUAUAAGAAUUGAUAAUUUGAAACGUGAAGAUGAUUUUAAAUUUCAUAAAAGAUGUGAAGAUUUAUUAAUAGAUUGGGAUCCUUUUAUUCAAGAGAUUAAAUGGGGGAAACAUCCAAAAAAUGAUUUAUCUAAAAGGGAUGAUACUCCAAAUUCUUCAAUUUUAGAACAUCAUGAAAAAGAUGAACAAAAAAAUGAACAAAAAGAUGUAUUAGAACAAAAGUAUGUAUUGGAACACCAAAGUGAAGAUAUUAAAGAUCAUGAUGUAAAGAAUGGUGAAAAUGGUGAAAAUGGUGAGAAUGGUGAGAAUGAUGAAAAAGCUGAAGUUAAAGAUGAUAAACCAGAGGCUAAAGAUAAUAAAUCAGAAGUUAAAGAUGAACAAAAAGAUGAAACCCAUGAAAAACCUGAACAAUCAGAAGUUAAGGAUGAACAACAAAAUGAAAAAUCAGAAGUUAAAGAUGAACAAAAAGAUGGACAAGAAGUUAAAGAUGAAGUAAAAGAUGAAACUAAAGAUGAAUCAGAAGUUAAAGACGAAGUCAAAGAAUCAACAGAUGUCAAAACAAAUGGUGAUUCUCAAAAAGAUACAAAUGGUGAAUCAAAAUUAGAAAAUGAUCAAGAAAUCAAAGAUGAAUAA